AUGACAAAAGCCAACCGCGAACUAUGGCUUACUCCUACCGAGAAACUAGCUGCGCAUCAUAAAUUCUACCCUACAAAAAUUCAGGUCGCCCAUCACCAGUUGCGUCAUCUCAUCAGCUCUGCCGAGAAGGACCUGAUCUACUACGUAUCAUUUAGGGAUGUCUACGUUCUCGACCUUGAAAGCCAUCAAAACUCGCUCAUAGCCACCGUCCCUUUCGAUACGAGAUGCCUGGCCGCCGGCCUAGGCUGGGUCUGCGUAGGCGGAGAACAAAACGGAGACUGCGCCUUCAUCAAGGUCGAGAAGGACGAGCAUGAUCGACCAAUAUGCUUUGGCCAUGAUUUCAAUCAUGACCUGCUCGGAGGAGAAAUAGUGAACUCGAUGAGCAUCCAUACCAUCUUGAACAAUGGCAGGACACCAGAUGAACCCGUGGUCCUCAUCAGCAACAAUGACAAGACGGUCAAAAUGUACUCACUUGCGCAGAGAGAAGUGCUGACCACCCUGCCUCACACCGUGCCUAUGAACUUCGCGGCAAUGUCACCGGAUUCGAGUAUCAUUGCUGCUGUUGGCGACUCAGCCCGCGUGUACUUCUACGGACGCCGGCUGUACCAGGAGCCUGAUAUCAUUGACGGCUCGUCCGGACGUUAUGCCAAAUAUGAGUGGGAUAUGCUUGCAGAUCCUCAAGUACCGACGGGUGAUCCUGUCUAUGAUGAUUAUAGCUUUGCAGUCACAUUCUCACCCUCCGGACACCUGUGUGCUGCCUCAUCGCAAGGCGGGUCAAUCUCCAUUUUCGACAUGCAUCAUUUGCGCAACAAUGAGGACCUUGGAGAAUCAUCUGUAAUUUGUACCUUCAGGUCAUCACGAACCGCUCUAUUUGGAUGUGUCAGGGCCAUGACCUUUUCUCCUGCACCAUGGGAUCUCCUUGUCUGGGCAGAAGAUCAUGGAAGGAUUGGUGUGGCGGAUGUGAGACGAGCCUGUGUGCGGCGACAGAUACUAGAGCUCGACCCUCGGAAAGCCGAAGAAACUAAGCUCGAGGAUGGCACACCUAUGUCGUACCGCAAUAUUAGCCACAAGGAGAAAAUCAAGCAGCAGCAUCUUACUCGCUUAAGGGCCAUGCGCGGCUUAUCUUCAACCAGAGAACUAGAUGGAGAGCUCAGUAUAGAUGAUCUCCCGAACGAAUCUGCCAGACGGUACACUCGACAGGACUUGAUCAGCUAUCGAGGCUUGGAUCUGGAUGCCCGAGAACGAUCAGUCACCGAAGCCCUCGAAACCACAAUGGACGACGUCGCACAGCCCCCACCACGCCCAUACAGCAUAAAUUAUACUUCUUCGCCACGCUGGUUUGCGAGUCGAAUACCAUCGACUGCCACCCCACUGACACCCGAUACGGGAAGGUCAACCAGUCCUCAAGUCCAUCCUCCACGGAGAAGGUCCUCGGUGGUUUUAUCAGAAUCAACAGCAAAUACAAGUCGGUAUCUGGAUGUCAGUGACGGUCGCAGAGCUAGAAUAUCCGCCUCUCCGGGUCGCAUAGGUGAUGAUGAUGAAUUACCAGUGAUGUCCACAGGCGAUCUGACUCCGUUCACGCCGGGCUCAAUAUCGCAACCGACGCCCGCAGAUAUUGCACCAAACGACCCGUCGCAUACCAUUCACACCACACUGGAAGCAGCGAGAGACAUCAACAACAGCCCGCGUGUGGAUCUUGCUAGGAUCGAAGCCGCCCUGGAAGCUGAGCGAGAACUGGGUAAUCGGCUUGAACGGCAGCUCGCUGACGAAAGACAACUGUCGCUCCUGCUUAGAAGGCAGCUUGACACACAACAGCGCUUGCUGGUGGAAAACUCCAACCAGCUGGAGCAUCUUCGGGCAGCUGCGAGAGAGACAAACGCCCGUGUUGAGGCCUCACUCGAGCGGGUUCUGCAAAGACAGCUCGCACAUGAGCAGCACUUCUUGAACCAGCGAGCCGAAGAGUUGCGAAGCGAGUUGAGAACUGGCACAGAUUACUCGCGAAGAUUGGAGACGGAGAGAGAUAGAAUCUUGACCGGCGAUCCAGCUAGCGGCACCACCAAUCCCUCUUCAGCUUGGACAACAACACUGCCCACCACCAGUGUUCGCCCGUCAGGCAUGACGAACGUGCUUACAGACUACAUUGAAUCCCGCCGUGAACGGGUGGCGCAUAUUGAGAACCUGCAAAGACAAGUUCGUCGAGCAGAGUCACGGGUCGCCCUGGCCGCGAUUGAUAUUCAAGCUCUCGAGAACGCCAUCCAGAGGGAAAUGGUCGUCGAAGAAACGACUCGUCCGCGCAGUCGGAAUGCCACAGAAGCUCAUCCACCACACCCUGCCACCGUUGCCAAUGACUCCACCAGGCUCACCUCCGCACCUCUGCGCGCGGCCUCGCGAGAACCCGAACUCAUCAACCGUCCCUCCAUCAACAGUUCCAGUGCACCCCAACUCCGGGAUUCUCCAAACCCUGAUCCUGCCACCCGCAGCCCUGCUGUUACCCGGCAGGGUGACUUCGUCCGCGUGUCUGGGCUGGCCGGUCGUGUGCCCGACGCAGAUAUGCGCCUCGCUCGUAUGAUGUUCCUAAGCGGCAUGACAGGCAACCGCUCGCUCGAUGCGAAUGGCAACUGGAUGCCGCCCGGGGCCGGUGCGGCGUUGCAUCGGAUUUUGGGCGCUGGAGCGUCUGGGAGUCGAGGCGCGACAGGAGUGGCAGGUGGAGUGGACGUGGAUGGAGCUAGCCCUGAGCUAGGCACAACCGGAAUCGGAUUCAGUCCGGAUGGGCAGUUCUUGUAA